AUGAGCUGUGAUGAAGACUUCAUCUUUGAUCCUUAGAACGAUGAUUAACUUUGUUUUAUUUAGGGAAAUUAGUUUCUGGAUGACCUUUUAGAUUAAAACAAUUAAUUAAAGUUUGAAUGUGAAUAACUUGGAGAUAUGAAGUAUAAUAGAGGAAAUUCUUUUAGUUUUUAAGAAGAAUUCAAUGAUAUAUCUGAUAAUUUGGAAGCUGUUUAGAGAUUGUCAUCUACAAAUAAUUUUGCCAUCGAAUUUGAUUCAAGUUUGAUAAAAGAAAAAUAGAUUUUCAAUAAUCAAUAUAAAUUGGAAGAUUGUACCUGUGAAUCCAGAAGUAGAAGUAGAGAGAUUGAAAAAAAUGUAAUCAAUUAGUUAGAAUAGAGUUUAGACUGGGAAAAUAAAAAAAUGGACCCAAGAUGAAAAUGAUUUACUAGCAAAUUUGUAUUAUUAAUUUAAUGGAGAUUGGCAGAGGAUUGUUGAAAGAAUGUCAGGAAGAACCAUGGCAUAAUGCAAAUAGUAUUGGCAGAGAAAGCAUAAGCCUGAAUAACCCUAGAAAAGCAAAUGGACUCCGGAAGAAGAUUAAUUAAUUUUAGACAAUAUAAAUAAGGAAGAAAACAAUUGGGCAGUUAUAGCUACAAGUAAAUAAUAUAUAAUAUGUUUGCAGUAUUAAAAAAUAAGACAGGCAAACAAAUAAGGGAGAGAUACAUAAAUAAAUUAAGGUCAGAUAUUGUAGAUGUCAAGAAAUAGCCAUGGUCUGAUUAAGAGGAUCAAAAAUUAUUGUAGUUAUAUAAUUAACUUGGGUCUAAAUGGGCUUAGAUAGCUCGGCAUUUUUUCGGGAGAUCUGUAUAAACUAUUGCUUAUUUCUAGGAUUUGUAGAUCAAAAAUAGAACUAACAAAUUAUUAAAAACUUAAAGUGGCACACAACUAUAAUAAGAAAAGCCAAAAUUGCAAGUAUAGGAUCUGAAUCUGGAUGGUUAUCUAGAAAUAGAUAAGACUUGUGAAAAAUCUCAAAAUAAACCUAAGUUUGAAUUUCCAUAAUAUAAUUCUUAAACAGUCUCUUCUCAAUUAAUUCAAUGA